CAAACCCUAUUAUUUUUCUAUUUAUACAUCUAAUUCAUUUUUGCACUCUAAAGUUUGAAUUCAAAGUUAAUCAAUCAUUUCAACAUGAAUACACAGAUCAGAAAGGAGACAUUGAGUAAUGCACAAGAUAAUGUGGAGAAAAGAAUUGAAACUACAGAUUACCGGUCAUCGGCGGGGCAAGGCCAAGAGUUGAGGAGCGUGGAGGUGAUUCACCAGACAAACCCUAAUAAGGAAAAUAUCCACACUAGCGGCGGUGUCUUGUCCGACGCUGCAGCUUCUGUGGCGGCAACUCUUCAGUCUGCCAAGGAGGCUAUUACCAAAAAUUGACAGCCCAAACCAGAAUUUGGCUGUAAAUUUAUUUCUUUACUUCUAUUUAAGUGAAUGUAUAAUUUAUUGGUUUGACAUCAUUUUUGUUGUGAAACAUGUACUAAUCAUCAAUAUUAUGGAGCACAUUUCUAGAUUA